GUGCGAGGCUGUGCUCGCGGGGUCUGCUUUCGAGGCAAACAGAGGUCAAAUGCCUCACCCUCCUGCUUUCUCUGUGUGCUGGUUUCCCUCAUUUUCUCCAGAGCUGGACCGAAAAGACCCUUGGUGGGGUCGUAUGUGGCGUCCAUAAUCUCAGCUCUUUGAGUGUCACUCAGCCCAGACAGUGAAAGCCACAGAGCCCUCUCUCCCGCGACUGCCAGGCCCAUGACGCGCCCGCAGCCCUGCACUGCUCCGCGGGAGGAGCGCAGGAUGAGGUCAUUUACCACACAGAUUUCGUCCCAUAGCUGUGGGUUUGGGGCUCCCGAAUCCAAUUGGCGGCCCAUUUCCUCCAAAAUCUCCGCUUGGUAAGCUGACAGCAGUGUGACAGCGUUCAGUGAGCAGACAGACUGUGCAGCGUAUUUGUACAUACGCUGAUACACACCUGCUGCUGUACGCUCCGUUUUACCGGGCAAGGAGAUGUGUGAUGCCGCCGAGACGGAUCGGCGGUUCGGGUGAAGGUGGUAGGCCACUGAAGGCUCCACCGCCGGGGGUUCGGCUAGCCCCAGCUCCGCCAUACCGUAUACCUCCAGUUUGGAGUAGCCCUGUGUGGUUACCUUGCUCUUGAACGGGCUUGACCAGAACCGUCUCAUUUCUGCCAUACAGGCCGGCACUGCCGGGAGUAGCUGUUUGGCAGGAGGGCGGGUUGGAGGAAGCCUUUUCCCAUCGUAAAGGUCCCUCGAAUCCCCCUCCGCGUCCUGAGACGCCGGCCAGGGGACGUUCAGUUUAGCCGCUGCUCGUUUGCAAACCUCGUAAAGGUUGUUAUCCACCGGAGCGGCAGUCUCGGUUGAGCUGGGGGGUCUGGAAAGAGUGGGGAAGGUGGCAUCCUCCUCUCCCUCUUCCAUGUCAUCCAAAUCGAGGAUGUCAGAACCGGUGUCACCGUCUGCAUCCUCGCCUCCUUCCUGCCCGAAGAUAUUAUCAUCUUCGAACAGCGGAGGUAUGGGCUCAACCUGUUCCAUCAUGUCCGCCCAGCUAGCCGAAGCUAGGGGCUGAUGGGAAACGGGGGCCUGAGCGGUCCCUGGCGGGGCGAGGCAUGGAUCCUUGCCGUCAGGACCGGCCACCGCCACUCUCAAUCUCCUCUCCAGAAUCUUUGUUGGCAUGUUGGCGCAAUGAGCACAGGCCUGUGGGUCUGCCAGCGACGCCUGAGCGUGCUUCGCUCCCAUGCACACAAUGCACAUAGGGUGGGGGUCUCUGCCCGAAAUCGUCGCCCCACAUGACGUGGGACAACGGCGGGGAGAGCCCUUCCCCUCUUUCUGCCCAGCUCCUAUGACGGGGGCAGACAUGUCCGCUGGGGGAGAUGGUUUUAUUGGGAUAUGUAGUCGGUGUGAGCCUCACUAUAUAACCCGUCGUGUGGAGAACAACUCGCCGCUACGCGUUAGCUGUGCUCUGUAAGAAGGUGGCUAACAAGCUAAUGUUAGCGCUUAGCCGAGCUCGAGUGAACGUAGCUCGUAGCUAGCAUAGGACACCGGGUAGGUGAGCACCUGGUGACCUGCCGGGAAGCUCGCCACAACGCGGUCGUAAUCCCACCGAAUUAUCGUCAGCACAGUUCAGCGUCUGUUGGUGCCGCGCUAGGCAACGUUUCCCUUGACGGGACGUCUGGUAGCAGUUAAGCUAGCAACCAACUCGACAACCGGCUGUACUGAGGGAGCUCUCGUAACUCCUCUGAGGAAGAAAGCGAGAAUGGCCUGGACGGGGCGGUCGAGUGUGGUAUAUAGAGGGGGCGGGGCCCUCCUCACACGUCGACCUGUCUGUCAGAGACAGACGUUGUGUCAUUGGAGCUUCCGUAAUGGUCUCGCCUGAAGCGAAUCCCCAUAGUGAAACACCGAGCGAAGUUAGAAAAAGAACUGCUGGAGGUCCAUCAGGCUGUGAUGUACUUUACAUGGACAAGCAUUGUUCCUUGAUACAAGGAACAAUUGUUCCUUGAUAUAUGGAACAAUUGAUUGAAUUGUGAGGCUGUUUUCGAGUCCCAUCAAUUCCCGUCGCCCACUGCAUAUUUAGGUCACGUGAUUCGGUAUCCAUACAUAACAUACACAUGCAUAACACAUGCCUGUGCUCAGCGCUAAGUCAUUUUGUUUGUGGGUACAUCUAUAUUAAAUGGCCACAUUCUAUGUUGUUGUGAUUUCUGCCACAAUUUUUUUUCAGAAUUUCAGCCGUCUGAAACAUAGACUGUAUAUAUAGUGGACGUAGCAUCUGGCUCCAGAAUUGAAGCCAACCCGGAAGUGUCAAAAACUUGCAAUAUCACGCCGUCCGCUAGGGUUGGCUCCAAAAAGCUUUUGCUCCAUAGACCCCAAUUCAUUUUUGGAAAAAAUAAAAUUUGAUAGACUGAUUUUCUACAGCUCAGGAUUUUUUUCCCGUUAGUUUUCAUGGUCAAAAUGAGAGAUCAGGUGGCCGAUCUUAAAAUAAAUCAAUACUGAAUUUUAAAUAAAUCGUUAAAGUUGGCGGAGCCAGGGGGUGUGGCUAUACUUGAUAGACAUCAACAGAAGCCUCUGCGGUAAAAUGUGGGCGGGAUAAGAGAGUCCUCAGCCAAUCCUGCCCCUAGUAGCUCUCCGGUCCAGCCUGUUUGAUGACGCUUUUUACGUCACUGGCUCCAAAAAAUCCAAAACGGCGACCAGGAAGUAGCAAAAUCCGGGCUUCAUUUUCUCGGCGUUGAAACCAACGGGUGACGUCACGAGAACACUACAAGCAGCUGAAGGAAGAUUUCCACUUUAACCUGGCCAUCCUGGAUGAACGGGACAGAGAGCUGGAGACGUAUGAUGCCAUAACUGCGAGAGCUCUGACUAGAGAACACAACAGGCAAGCAGAGCUGAACCAGCACCAAAUGCAGAUUGCCAAGAUGGAGGAGCAGAGAGCCAGAGAGGCUGAGGAAAGGCAGGAGGAGCUCAGUAAAUAUCGCCACAAUGCUUUUCAGCACGGACUACAGCUGGACAAGCUCAAACGCUCAAUGGCUGCUGAAAUAAAAAAACAAAUGAAGGAGUAUGACCAGAUGAAAUUGGAUUUACAGCUCAGGAAAAGAGAUGUGGAAGGACAGCUGGCUCGACAGAGACAGGAGAUGACUUCAGCUUUUGACAGUGAGAUCAGACAGCAGGAACACGAGUUCAAUGUGAAAAUGGAUGAGAUGCGUGCUGUGGUGCUGUCUCAUGAGAUCAAGGUGAAGCUACUGUCUAAAGAGACUGAAGUUCACUGCCAGGCUCAGCUUCAGGCCACACAGACUCUCAAAGCGUCCAAGGAGCUCUGUGAGCAGAUGAAGACCCAACUACAACACAAAGACCAGGAGCUCAAAGACACUGUUGCCAUCAAGGACAACAGGAUAAAGGACCUUGAGGGCAAGCUGAAAAGCAUGGAGACCAACCUGAAAAAGGAGAAAGAUGACCACAUUAAGAAAUAUGAGGUUAUGGUCUUGGCUCUGAAAAAGCACAAUGCUCAGCUGGAGGUUCAGCAUCAGGCUGACUUAGAGCAGCUGCGGAAGUCUGAGAAAAAGAUCAUCAAACUACAGAAAAAUAUAGAUGUUCUGACAGCAAAGACACGCAUCUUCGAGGAAGACCAGCAGAAGGCCAUGGAACAGAAAGAGAAGACAAUCCAGAGGCUUCACACGGAGGUAGAAGCAGCCCGGACUGACUGGGACCAGUACAUCAAACAGGUCUCCAGUGAGAUGGUUGUAAAAGACACAGAAAUCAUCACCAUGCAGGAGAGAGAAACUAAACUGAGAACUGAGCUGGAGAACAACAGGGAACAGAUUGAGAGGUACAAGCAGCAAGUGAGUGCUGGUUUGAAGAGAGAGAGAACCUUAGAACAGAUCGGAGUUCAAGUGGAGCUUGAAUGGCAGAGACGCUACGAGGACAUCAAGGCUGAACACUACCUUGCUAAUGAGCAGUUAAUACAAGACCUGACUGAGGCCAGAGACCAGGCUAAAGCAGAGCUGAAAGAGAAACAACAAGAACUGCAGGACUUGACUGUCUUACUACAUUCUGUUAGAACGGAGAGAGAUCAUGCAAUACAGGGUCUUACACCAAAGGCAGACUCUCUGGCCUCAGAGGAGAUUCAUCGUCUGCAGGUGCAGAACACCACCCUGCGUGCUGUGGUUACCCAGAUGAGAAAGGACAUGGAAAGUCUCAGCCAGCUCCUACCCAAGCCCCAACCUGAAUCGCAGGCCUCUCCUCCUCAACCGGUUCAGCACCCAGGAUCCUCAGCUGUCACCUCCAACACACUUUCAGCUAACACACAGGUGCCCACUGGACUGCCAGCCCAAACCGAUGACAUCUUCUCCAAAGUCGGUCCAGCAGGUGGUUUGUAUCUGCAAAAAGGUGCCUAUAACCCUGCUUUGGUAAAGCAGGUAGGAGUGACACAUGUGGAGUCUGCUCCCGCUGACAUCAUACAACAGAGUGCACCGGUGCAACAAUUCCAAGAAGAGAACCAGCAUUUGCAGCUGAUCUCUGGUGGAGGGUUCGAAAAAGUCCAUUGUGAUAAAAGCAACCCUUCUCUCCUACGUGCCCGGCUGAAGCAGGCAGUGUCCUGUAUCGCCCAUUUGAGUCGAGACAAACAGCAGCUAAUAGAGAUAAGCAACCGCCUUCGAUCCCAGAUUACCACUGUUGGACCAAUGAAACCAGUGGAGCCAGAGAGGGACACCUCCAUAGAGAAACAAGGAGACCAACAAGACCGGCUGUCUGUUCUGGAGCAGCUACAGUAUCAGCUCACCACACAGGAGUUGCAGUACGCUGUGAAGCAGAGAGCUGGCACUGCUGCUCAAGAGCUCCUCCCAGAACCCGACAGCCAAGGUCCUCUCACAAAAGAGCCUGCCAGCACUAACCAGGGGCACAAAGCCACACACAGGUCUGAGAGCUCAAUAAGCAAAGAGAGCUAUUCUCCACUCAGCCAGCCACACCCACACUCAGGUCUGUCAUCAGAGGAAUCACUGCAGUCAUUAAAGGAGCUGUGGGAGAUACUGGACCAUGGGCUCAGUCUGUCUAUAUUCUCUGAAGGUGAAGGUGAGCUGAACAGAAAGCAGAUACAUGAGUCUGGUGGUUCUGGAGUCCAGAAGACGUUACAUUCUACUGAUGUGAUUCAUACUCAGCCCCCAAGUGAUGCCCAGCCAAGGAGGAACCUCUCUAAAACAUCAUCAAAUACUGCCAAGACUGGCAGACCUGGAUGCCCUAGCAGGAUCAACAAGAUAAGAAACUACAAUGUUAAAGACUGACGCACACAAGAAAUCUGUCAUUAAUACAUGAAUCCCAUGCUUCUCUAUUACAGCAGUUUUAUGAAUUCUUCUUAGGCUCUACAGGAGCUUUUACAAGUCUGAGAAAAUAACCAGGGAUGCUGCUCAUUUUGUCUCCUCCAAACAUCCAUGACAGAAAGUCUGCAUUCCACACUGGAAACAAUGAAUUUCAAUGGGACGGUUGUAUGCUGCUUUGAUUCAUCUCUGUUGAGUCUCCCAACUUUAUGCAAAUUGGGUAUAGGACACAGACAGUAUGUGCACACUUUUUUUUAGUAUUAUUUAUAAUUUUUAUUGCCUGAUUUCAAAUACACCAUGAUGGCCUCAGCUGCUACAGCAGUCAAAAUGUUCCCAUGUACCCCUACAAUUUAGUUAUUUAAUAAAGCAUGCAUUUUUGGGAAA